UCCGAUCGGUGCUCGGCGCGAUGAAGAAGAAAUGCAUACAAUACAUGACAUGUGACAGCAGGGUAUUAAGUUUCAGGCGUUAUUGGCGCGCAGCAUGUUCCCGAAAAAAAGAAAAAAGCAUCCAAUAGAGAUAAAAUGCAUGGGCACACGAACAGAAACGACAUGCCACAACACAGCCAAACUCAAGAUACACAAGCGUCCGUUGCUCGCCGUCAAGCGAUCUAUACAACAAUGAAUGAGCGGGUCGGCGACCAAAACAACAACAACAACAACAACAACAACAACAACAACAACAACAACAACAAAACGCAGUCCCAAACCGAUCCCAUCCGUGUCCUAAUCCGUGUUUCCCAGUGUAGUAGCCAUGAAGCCCAGUAUUCCCAGCCAGCCAGCCCACUCAACCAUAUCAAUACGCCGGCAUGCAACAAAGAAUGCCAAUAAAAAGAAACCCCAACACUCCCAACCAUCUAAUCAUCAAGACCA